UGAGACGAUCAGAAGUGUUCUGACUGCUCUGAGAAUUCUCAUUCGAUUUACUAAGCAAUUUAUUCAGAUCUAUCUGAUUAGAUAAGCGAAUAAUAAUAAUAAUAAUAAAUUCAUUUCCUUGUCACAUUUCUUUAUAUCUUUUCGUGACAAAUUUUGGAAAAAUGAGCCUUUGGAAAACGAUUGCCGUUUUCUGCAUUCUUCUGGCUCUUGGUGUAGAAUAUUCUCACGCCGGGCCAGUGUACGCCCGUCUGGAUGUUACAGCUGGCUCUAACGUAUAUAUCCCGUGUAAGGUCCGCACCGAUCUUCUAUCUGAUGCAAGGAGUGUUAAGUUGGAGUGGGGAAUGACUCCGGAAGGAGGAGGUCCCUACACCCUUAUCCUGAAAGAUGAUGUGUACGAUCAGGUGAAAAACCCGCAGAAGGAUUAUGUGCAAUGUGGUAUUAUGAUCCACUCGAUCUGGUAUAGACACAUCGGAACCUACGAGGCCAGAUUAAUCGUGGACGACGUCCCGUAUGAGCCAUUCAUGGUGGUCAUCGUCCAUGUGACUCAUCCCACGUCCACGGAGACCGCUGAUACCGAGAAAUUCAAGAAGCACCAAAGAAACCUGAAAACACAAUGGAAGACUCCUUCAGUCGCUUCCACUAAAACAGCUGAUACCAAGACGGUCAGCGAGGACCAAAGUAACCUGAAAAAAAAAUGGAAGACCCCUUUGGGCGCUUCCACUGAGACCGCUGACACUAAGACGGUCAGCGGGGACCAAAGUAACCUGAAAAAAAAAUGGAAGACCCCUUCGGGCGCUUCCACUGAGACCGCUGACACUAAGACGGUCAGCGAGGACCAAAGCAAUCGAGGACCAAAGCAAUGUGGAGAUACAGAGGGAGACCCCUUUAGUCACUUCAACUGA